AUGGCAUCAGAACAUAAGGAUUGUGAUGGAAGAAUUCGAUGUCCUUGUGUGAGAUGUAUAAAUAGUAGGUUUGAAAAAAUAGAUAGGGUUAGAGCAAAUGUAUUUGAUCGAGGUUUCAUGAAAGGAUAUGAGAAGUGGAUUUAUCACGGCGAGCCUGAGGAUGUUGUCGAUGAUGUAGCAGUUGUCGAUGUUGAAUCAGAGGAUGAAAUGAUUCCUAUUCUAGAAGACUUCUUUCCCUCGACAACAGAGGAUGUACAAGGAGAAGAUGAACAACCAACCACAAACCCUCAUUUUGAUGACUUAUUUGAGGAAAUUGAAGCUGAAUUGUAUCCAGGUUGUGAUUGGAUUUCGUCUCUCAACUUUUUAGAAAAGCUAUUGCAUUUAAAAGUUAGAGGAAAAAUUCCUAAUAACAUCUUUGAAGAAUUGUUGAAGCUUUUAAAGUUUGCAUUUCCGAAGGAAAAUAAUAUUCCAGCAACUUACUACGAGGCAAAAAAGAGAUUGAAGAAAUUAGGCUUGGGUUAUCACUCUAUCCAUGUCUGUUUGUAUAAUUGUUGCCUAUUUUAUAAGGAGAAUGCAUCCAAGGAGGCUUGUCCAGUUUGCGGAACUAGUCGUUCGGUUACUUCCGAGAACGGCAAAGCAAAAAAAGUUCCUUGCAAAGUCAUGCGAUACUUUCCGUUGACACCUCGACUUAAAAGAUUAUAUAGUUCGAGGAUUACAGCGAAGAGCAUGAUAUGGCAUCAUACUGGAAAAUCAAAAGAUGAUGGGGUGUUGCGACACCCGGUCGAUGGUUUAGCUUGGAAAGACUUUGAUGCAAAACAUCCCGAGUUUGCAAGGGACCCAAGAAAUGUUCGACUUGGGUUAGCUGCUGAUGGAUUUAAUCCAUUUGGCAACAUGAGUCUUGCAUACAGCAUGUGGCCAGUGACCUUUGGGGUACCAACGAGAGAUAGUUCGACCAACUCGAUGUUCACCAUGCGUGCUGCGCUUUUGUGGACAGUGAAUGAUUUUCCUGCUCGUAGUAGCUUGUCUGGGUGGAGUGGUCAAGGUUAUAAAGCUUGCCCUACUUGUAAUGAAGACACGACGUCCAUUCGAGUGAUCGGGAAGACAUCAUAUGUUGGUCAUCAAAGGUUCUUGCCAAGUAACCAUGCAAUGAGAAGGGAUACUCGAUUUGAUGGUAAAGUUGAAAGACGACCUCCUCCAAGACGAUUUACUUGUGAAGAGAUAUUAUCACAAGUUAAUACUCUCGAACCCCAAAUUCCCGGACAUCAUGAAAAUUUUGGGGGCGUGAAACGUAGAAGAGUUGCAGAAACUUGUAAUUGGAGGAAAAAAAGUAUUUUCUACGAGUUGGAGUAUUGGAGCACGAAUAUUUUAAAACACAACAUUGAUGUCAUGCAUGUUGAGAAGAAUGUGUGUGAUAGUCUCCUAGGAACCAUCUUGGAUAAUGAUAAAUCAAAGGACACAACCAAUGCGCGACAUGAUUUAAAGAAGAUGGGUAUUAGGGAAUCGUUGUGGAUUUAUGAAGAUGGGAAUGGGAUGCUAAUGAAACCGCAUGCUCCUUAUGUUUUGACUCGUGAGAAAAGACAACUUUUUUGUCAGUUUGUUAAAGGAAUAAAGUUUCCCGAUGGCUUCUGUUCAAAUUUAAAGAGCAAAGUUUCUCCAGAUGAGUCUAACAUUAUUGGGUUAAAAUUCUACGAUUGUCAUGUCAUUAUGCAGCGAGUACUAGCGGUUGGUGUCCGUAAAUUUCUACCUCGUGACACUGCAACAACUAUUACUCAGCUGUGUAAUUUUUUUCGACAGUUAUGCUCUAGAACUCUAAAUGUAAAAGAUAUGGAGGAUGCUCAAAAUAAUUUAAUUAUGUUAUUGUGCAAGAUGGAAUUGAUUUUUCCUCCAGCGUUUUUUGACAUAAUGAUACAUUUGGUAUUGCAUUUGCCUGAAGAAGCGAUAUUGGGUGGCCCGGUCUUUAUGAGAUGGAUGUAUCUUUUUGAAAGGUACAUGAAAAAAUUGAAGAAUUAUGUGAGAAACAAGGCACGUCCUGAAGGGUCAAUUGCAGAAGGUUAUGUUGCUGAUGAGGCAGUAACCUUUUGUUCAAUGUACUUUAAAGGGUGUGAAACAAGAUUUAAUCGGCUUGAUCGAAAUGAAGAUGCGCCUUCUGUGUGUCGCUAUCUCUCAGUUUUUAAUUCUCAAUCCCGUCCUUUAACUAGCAGAAUUAUCAAGCCUCUUGAUCAUAUCGGUCGUGAAAAAGCUGAGUGGUACAUUCUUCAAAAUUCUCCUAAAAUCCAAGCUUACUUAGAUGAACAUUUGGACAAGAUCAUGCAUGAAUAUCCUAAUGGUAAUCACAAUGUCUUGCAUAGGCAAACUUUCCGUCCGUGGUUUCAUAAGAAGAUAUAUGAGUUGCAGAAGCUUGGAACUUUACAAAAUGGUGAUGAGUUACUCGCUCUAGCUUCUGGGUCCGAUUACUUAGCAACAUUUUACGAAGGUUGUAUAGUGAAUGGUGUUCGGUUUAGUGCGUCGAAGCGAGACCAAAAGCGGAAGACACAAAAUAGUGGUUUUACUGUUGCUGGAACUGAAGGGUUUAAUUACUACAGCACACUUGAAGAUGUAAUCACUAUAUCUUAUACUGGUGCAUAUACAGUGACAUUGUUUGAAUGUAAAUGGUAUAACACUAAUCUAUUAAGAAAGAAGACAAUCACUGAAAAUAAUAUAACCAGUAUAAAUACUCGUGGAUAUUGGUAUCAAGAUGAACCGUACAUCCUUGCUAACCGGGCGAAGCAAGUUUUCUAUCUUGAAGAUCCACUCAGAGGUCGCGAUUGGAAGGUUGUUGAAGAUAUUAGCCAUCGACAAAUUUGGGACAUUAAUGAAAAUGAAGAUGAGACUGAUGUUGAUGUUGUUAGUGAUUCUAACUCUUCCAAUUUUGUGUUGACUGUUGAUCUUGGAGAGUUGAUUAUGCAAUCGAAUGAACCUCCAGUAAUUGUUGAAUCGUCCGAUCAGUUAGUGGAUUCUAAGAUAGAGAAUAAUGAACUUGAUGAAAAUUAUAUUGCUGAAGAAGUAGAUAAUUUACUAGUUGAACAUGUGGAGGAUGAAAAUGUAAUCUUGGUGAAUGAUGGAAAUGAUAGUGAUUCGUCAGUGUAA